AUGCAUAGAACCACAUCUCCUGUUGUCACAUUCAAUAAUAAUAAUAGAAGAUCGUCAAAAAAGAAACCGGCAUUAGUGAACGUCUCGUUUCCUUUUUGGAAUAUGUCAGACAAUGCACCGGAAACUUUAUCAUUAUUUUCUUGCUAUCGUUUAGAGACGCAAGCAGGCAGCAAGCAACUGAAAGGCUCGUGCGGAUGGAUUUUGAUGGCAGAUCAUUUUGUUUAG